AUGAGAGACUCAGCCCCUCAGGAUCUUCUGCUGCAGGAAGUGGAUCCCUACUCAGCUGUGUGCUGCCCCGGUUCCUGCGUCCUGUCCUCUGCUCACCUUGAGACCCACCAGCCGAGUUGUGGAGCUCCUCCCCUCCGAUCCCCGUUCUACCUCAGUGGGGACACCCUGCGGAACCACGUGACUCCCUAUGGUGGAGCCGUCUCCUUCCUCUUCCCGGUGACGUCAGAGGAGGAUGCUGGGAACUACGCCUGCGAGGCUGAGAACAGUGUCUCCAAAGAGACAAGCAAGCCUGAGACACUCUCCGUGGAGGCCAAAGGGGACUCUGGAGAUGGUGUGGAUCCCAAGGAAGUGGUUGUGGUCCUUCAGGAGUCCAUCACUCCCCUGGAAAUACCAUUGGAUGAAGAGGUUGAGAACAUCAUCUGGUCCUCCCACAUAAGGCUUGCCACUGUGAUGCGGGGAAAGGGACAUCCGGCUACCAUCAUGGUGACCAACCCUCGCUAUGAGGGCUGAGUGAGCUUCCUGGAGCCCACCUACUCCCUGCACAUCAGCAAUCUGAGCUGGGAGGAUUCGGGGCCUUACCAAGCUCAAGUUAACCUGGGGAAGUCCCAGAUCUCUACCAUGCAGCACUACAAUCUUCGUGUGUACCGAUGGCUGUCACAGCCUCACAUGACUGUGAACUUUGAGAUCUCUGAGGAAGAAGACUGUAAUAUGUCCUUGACAUGAUCCGUAGGGAAGGCAGGCCUGCAUGUGACCAACUGCUGGAUAUCCUGGGAGGACGGCACUGACACGGCCCACGAAGGCUCUGUCCUCAGCACGUCCUGGAGGCCCGGGGACAAGGCCGUCUCCUACACAUGCCGGGCAAACAGCCCCAUCAGCGACAUCAAUUCCCGUCUCAUCCCUGCUGGGCCCUUCUGUGCAGAUCUUGGCUACCCUUCGGAGAAGUCCUCCACCUCCUUCUGUCUCCUGGCCAAGGCAUUGCUCAUCCUCUUGCUUUUUGCAAUUCUUGCUGUGGGGCUUUGGCUCAUCCGAGUCCAGACAAGGUGCAAAAUGCCAAGAAUGAAGAAACUCAGGAGAAACAGAAUGAGACUGAGAAAGAAAGGGAAGCCUGGCCCCAGCCUGGCCUGA